CGCGCGAGCACCGUUACGCAUGGCCACGCCCCUCGGGUGACGUCAAUAGCCGGGUCCUUCUCGCGGUCAUUUUACCUUUGGGAGGCGAGGGCAGCGGAGGUGCCGCCCCCAACGCGGGCCUUUCCUCCACGGCAUCGCGGUCACCCGGAUAGAGGGCUGAAUUGCGCUGCCAAGAAGUGGGUGCCCGGCAUUGCACAAUCAUGCUGAGGAGCUGGGCGAGGCUAAGCAGGGCCCUUCCUGGCUUCGUGGCCCCUAGAAGUGGGGUGCAGGCCGCAGUUACCCCCACGGGGGUCCUCCGUCAUUCUUCCCACAAGAUCUGGUUGACUCCAUCAGAGAACAGCAUAGAUCGUGCGGUUCCCAAUUCUAGCUGGAGCCAAGAGAUGCUCCACCAUUUCAACCGAUACAUCGAGAUGACAAAAGAUGGAAGCUGGCAGAAGCUGCCGUCUUACAGGAGUUUCUACGAGCAUUUUCCAGAAGGGCACGAGAGGUGCGAAUUACAAAAACGAAGAAACCGCCUCUUUCUCAGAAGUAUCGACGAGGAAGGCAUGGGGUUCGAGUACGUGAUGUUUCUGAAUGCUACGGAGAAAAGAAUGGUGUGUCUGUCCCAGUUGGGGCCCUAUCUUGAAGGACCUUCAGGAUUUGCCCACGGUGGUUCCCUUGCCACUCUUCUCGACAGCACGCUGGGGGGGUGUGCCAUCUGCGUCAACCGCAGGGUGCUAACCGCUAACCUCUCCAUAAACUAUAAGAACCCCGUUGCGCUGGGCUCUGUGGUCUUGGCAGAAAGCAGGCUGGAUAAGAUCGAGGGCCGGAAGAUCUUUGUGAGCGGCGAAAUCCGGAGCGCAGACAGGCAGAUCCUCCAUGCAGAAGCCACUGCCCUCUUCAUCCAACUGGAGUCCAGCAUUUUACCCCAGGAAAAAACAGUGUUCGAGUAGAUCUUUUUACCCACCUGGCUGCCCUGAGCAAUGCUGCACAGAUCCUCAUCCACCUCCCUCUUCCUCUCCUCUCUUGCCAUAAGCCACUGCCAGUGUUUCGUCAGCCUCCCGGUAUCUCUCCAACCAUCUCUUCACAACUUGGUUGAGCACCAGCCCAUGAAGAAGUACGACCAGCACUGGUUUGGUGUUGCGCACUUUGUCGUGCAAGGGGGGCUGUGAAUCCCAAAAGAGGAACAAUCGAUACUGCUUAUGUGAGUGUCACCUUACAGGUCUGGUCUUUGUGCCAUAGCACUAAACCCCAAGGAUGUUCUCUGGCUGCUUCCAAACUAAGUCACCCUUUUCUGGUUCUUCAAGGAUAUCUGUAUUUUUCUGCCUUCAAACGCAGCAGAUCUUUUCUUGGGGGGAGAGCCUUUUUGCUUCGAACUGCUGGAGUCCAAGAAGAUGGGAUCAGGAAAGACUGAUCCCUCGGGGAUGCUAAGGAACGAAUACUUUAAGGUUAUGAUUAUUUGAAGCACUUUAGCCAACUAGAUCCCUUUUGGGUAGAGAAAUCUGGAGGCAGAACGAGAGUAAGGCAUGAAGAGAACACACUUAUAUGGUUUGCGGGGCUUGGCAAUGUAUGUGGAAAGUUGGUUCCGCAAAACAGCUUCUGGCAAGUUCAGGGUCACCAAAGAGAGGACUCCUCUGGUCAGAAAGCUUGUCACCUCAAAAUGAACAGGGCCUCUGUUCUUCUCCCGGGGUAAGUAACAGAACACCUUUAUUACAGUCCCCAACCAGAAAAGUAUAUUAGUUAUGUAAUAACACUUGCAAAGCUUAGAUGGAAGUAACGUAGAUACUUCUAACAAGGAAAAGGACGGCGUCAAAAUAAAAUCCAGCGUUUACUUGCAAGAACUUGAGUAUUAAAAAUCAAAAACUUGAGAGUGAUGGGUACUUUGGAAAACUUUGCAAAGGUGUAAACGGCGUUCUGGCCUGACUUUAGAAGAUGAUCCAGUGAUGGGACCUCCUGGGGUCGGUGUGGGGGGGGAGAACGUGGGUCAGAGGGGGUCUUGGCAGCUUCAGAGGCCAUUGAGCACAACGUCCUGGAUUGUCUCUCGGAGUUGGGGGCGCUUGACAGUGGCUCCUCUUCUAACCUGGGGGAUGAUUUUGGAGAAUAGUGUUAGAUGAUCAGGCUUCAAGAAGGGGGGGCCACAAGGUCCUAUUUUGUAUGAUAACUUUGGGACAGACUACCUGGUUGCCCGUCUCCGCUGUUACAAAGACCUGAGAUUUUUACCCACGCAUUGAGAACCAGAGCAUCACCUUGCGAUCGCCAACGAGUGAGCAUCUUCAGUGGGGCUGCUUGAAAUCUGUGGGGUGCGUGCACUUACCCUUUGGGGUGCCUGUUAAAUGCCUCCCUCUUUGCCCGGCUUUCUGAGUGCCUUGUAAAUGGGCUGUUUUUGACCCUUUUCAAUUGUCUUUUAUACCAAUGUUUUAAAUGUGGGUUUGAGUAACAGCAUGGAGAUUGCUUGUGGGAAGAGAGAUAUAAAUGUAUUUAAUAAUCUUU